UCUGCUCUUCGUCCAUUAUCUGUCUUCACUGCUCUCUGUCUCGGUCUCGCAAGCUCUCGAGAUCUAAUCCGAUCUCAAUGGCAUUGGCCGAUCUCGCCGGCGUCUUCAUCCCUUCAUGAUUCUUAUCGCCAGAUCUCAAGAUUUUUCCUUCGAUUUGUUCAGAUCUUCGAAAAUUUGGCUGUUUCUGGUAAUUUCUAGGGUUUGUUUGCUCAAGAUCUAGGAAUUUGAGGGGUUUUUUUCCUGUUCCAGUGUAACGACAUUGCUGAAAUUUAUGGUUCCUUUCCUUUUUUUAGUAAUACGUAGCGAUUUGUCUCGGGGUUUAUGCGGUUGAUUGCAGUUAAAAGGUCAAAAAAAGCUGCCUCUUUUCUUGUUUCAUCGUGGAAUCUAGGGUUCUGAAUCAUUCCCUUACAAGUAAACUUAGUACUGUAUUCUUCAUUUGAAUCAAUUUAGGUUCCUUCCGCUUGAAAUUCGAACAGUACGGCUGUUAAUGUUGGUCUAGGGUUUUUGUUUGUGGCCUUAUCGGAUUUAUCACCAUGUGGAAGCAACUUUUCAGCAAAUUGCCCAAAAAAUCAGCUAAAUCCAGUUCACAUUCAGAUGCCUCAAACCAUCAUCACCAUCGUUCAAACAGUGGCAGCUCUGAUGAGAACUCAAUCCAGCGAUCAAUCAGCAACAGCAACAAUGCUGCUGGCGGUCGCUCGGCCAAUCCGAAGAGGACCUCUUCUGCUGUCUUCCCGUCUAACUUUGUUGCUGGAAUUGAGCCUCUGUUAGCUUUCAAGGAUGUCACCAGCCAAGAAAAAUCCAACCUUUUUAUUAGCAAGCUGACCCUUUGUUGUGCAACCUUUGAUUUCUCCGACCCGAAUAAAAAUCUUGCCGAAAAGGAUAUAAAGAAGCAUACCCUUAUUGAUCUUAUCGAAUAUGUCAAUACGGGUCCCCCUAAAUUCACCGAGCAGAUGAUUUCGGCAAGUUGCAAGAUGUUUGCAGCCAACUUGUUUAGGGCUUUCCCUCCAAAUUACCGAUCAAAUUCGGGUGGAGGGGAGGCUGAAGAAGAAGAGCCCAUGUUUGAUCCAGCUUGGUCGCAUUUGCAGUUGGUGUAUGAUUUGCUGCUUAAGUUAGUUGGAUCCACCUUGCUCGAUGCAAAGGUUGCGAAGAAGUAUUUUGACCAUUCCUUCAUUUUGAGAUUGCUCGAGUUGUUUGAUUCAGAGGAUCCAAGAGAGAGGGAUUGCUUGAAGACUAUAUUGCAUAAGUUAUAUGGGAAGUUUAUGGUUCACCGGCCUUUCAUUCGGAAGUCGGUGAGCAAUAUAUUUUAUCGGUUUGUGUUUGAAACCGAUAGGCAUAAUGGGAUUGGAGAAUUAUUGGAGGUUUUUGGGAGUGUGAUAAGUGGGUUUGCUCUGCCAUUAAAGGAAGAGCACAAGAUUUUCUUAUGGAGAGCUUUGAUUCCUCUGCACAAACCAAAGUCAGUGGGGACUUAUCUUCAGCAGUUGACCUACUGUGUGACUCAGUUUGUAGAGAAGGAGCCAAAGUUGGCUAGUACAGUUAUCAGGGGCUUGUUGAAGUAUUGGCCAGUGACAAAUAGUCAGAAGGAGGUGAUGUUUUUAAGCGAGUUGGAAGAAGUUUUGGAAUCAACAAAUGUGGUGGAGUUCCAGAAGUGUAUGGUCCCAUUAUUCCGGAGAAUUGGGUACUGCCUCAAUAGCUCCCAUUUUCAGGUUGCUGAAAGGGCCCUUUUCCUUUGGAACAAUGACCACAUAAUUGGCAUGGUUGCACAAAACCGUCACGUGAUCAUGCCCCUCAUUGUUCCAGCCAUAGAAAGGAACUCCAAGAACCACUGGAACCAAGCAGUUCUUAACCUCACAAUAAACGCAAGAAAGAUGCUAUCUGAGAUGGACGAGGAUCUAUUCUCCGAGUGCCUGAGAAAAUUCGAGGAUGAGGAAGAGAUGAAGAAAUCGAUAGAAGAGAAGCGGAGGAUUACAUGGGAGCGACUGGAGGCUGCUGCCUCCUCAAAGCCGGUGACUGGGAACACUGCCGUCCUGGUGAGGCCAGUUCCAGUUUCUCGUGUUGCCACUUCUCUUAGUUAAAGAGAUAAGCAGGGGAUGUUCUGGAGGUUCUUGUUUUUUUCCCCCUUUUGAUUUUUUUAGCUUCUUUUGUAUUAUGGUAAUAUUGUUACUAUUAUCUUCUUGCUGUAACUAAAGUUGAAUUGGUGCUGUUGGAAGAAGGCAUCAUGUUUGUGGGAGGGUAGUGGGUCUGUACUGAAGCCGAAAUUGCCGAGAGAAUACAUGGCAGAUGCCCAGGGUAAUCCUGUUGGUUCUUGUUUCCCUGUUGAAAAUU